GUGCUGAAGUGAACUUCAUUUUCAUGGGAUAACUGCCACAGGAGCUGCUGCUUUUCAAACCAUCUGGGCUCAGCCCUAUUGCAGAGAAACAUGUGAACCUAAAAGUCUGUAACUGAGUACUUCAGAUUAUAUUGAAUUACAUGAAUGAUAGCCUGAGAACAGAUGUCUUUGUAAGAUUUCAGCCUGAAAGCAUUGCCUGUGCAUGUAUAUACCUCGCAGCUAGAACGUUGGAGAUUCCGCUUCCUAAUCGUCCGCACUGGUUUUUACUCUUUGGGACAACAGAAGAGGAGAUACAAGAAAUCUGCUUAAAAAUUUUGCAGCUCUAUACUAGGAAAAAGGUUGAUUUGUCUGAUCUGGAAAGUAAAAUAGAAAAGAAGAAAUUAGCAAUUGAAGAGGCAAAAGCACAAGCUAAAGGUCUGCUACCUGAAGGAGCCCCAGUACUGGAUAACACGUCAGGAUUUUCCCCUCUACCUAAAAAUGAGUCUCCAAAAGAGGCUAAAGGAAAUAAACCUUCACCUCUCCCUGUUCAAGCAAUGAAGAAUGCUAAGAGGAAAGCAGAAGGAGCAAAAAGAACGGGUUCGAAUAGCCCAGUAAAUGGGGUUCAGAAAAGCAGGGAAAGCAGAAGUCGAAGUGGGAGUAGAGAUCAAAGUUAUUCAAGAUCACCAUCCAGAUCUGCAUCCCCGAAGCACAGGAAAAGUGAAAGUUACUCCACAUCCAGUGGAUCCAAGUCCCACAGCCGCUCCCGGAGCCGCAGCGACUCUCCUCCCAGGCAAUUCAACCACAGCUCGACUUACAAAACUUCCAAGAUGAGAAGUUACAAGAAAUCAAAAGACUAUAAAUACUCAGCACACAAAGCACGGAAAUCACGCAGCAGGAGUUCGUCCCGAUCCAGGAGCCGAUCCCGGGAGCGUUCCGACCACUCGGGGAAGUACAAGAAGAAGAGUCACUACUACAGGAAUCACAGGCACGAGCGUUCUCGUUCCUACGAGCGAGCAGGUCACCGUUACGACAGAGACCAUCCUGGCCACAGCAGGCACAGGAGAUGAGCAGUGUGAGAAGUUCUUUCCUUUGGAAUUUGAGCAGUAGAGCUCUUCCCCAUUUGGCCUUUGCAGCAUAGGGGUAACCUGGCUUGUAAACCACUUGGUCUCAGUAAAGGUCUGUGUUACUGGUAGUUCUGUGCUUGCUGUCAUGUAUCCAAAGGAAAGAUACUAACAAGAUACAAUUACACAAAGGACUCUAUCUGGUAUUUGUCUCCAAGGCUGUUACGCUGGAGGUCAACUGCUAACACUGCAGAGCUUGUCUGGAUGCUCCUAUGCCUGCUCUUUAGUAAUCUGCAUACAGUAGCACGUAGAGUGUUGCUUGGGUCUUCCAGUUCUGCAGCAGGAUCUGCAUUCCUCAGUUGGAAUGCUGUGUUGGACAGUCCUUCCUGUGGAAUUAGAAGGCCCAAGGAGGUUCACAAAAACCAUUGGAGUGGCUUGGUGCUAACAAAGCUGUCUUUUCAUACUGACUCAAUUAUGUUGAACAAAUGUAAAGUGACUUUUCUAGAACUGAUGCCUAUAUUAGGUUGUAUCUGUGUGUAUAUAUAUUUUGCAGUGUUACAGUACAGUAUGGGAAUAAGGCCUUACUAGCCUUUACACUUUAUCCACAGUGUAAAUAAGCAUUUGUUUAAUACAGGUGAAAGAUAUAUACAGAAAAUUCAAAACUUGAACUCUAUCAAAAAAAAAAACAAACUUGUGUAGAAAGUUCUGAUAAAUGUGAAAGUAUUUAGCUCUGUGUAUUGAGAGUAGUAUAUUUUUUAUCUGUGCAAUGCUGUGUGCAGGCCACCAGCUCAUAAGACAUUUCCUAUAUAUACACACUUUAAGUGGUUUGAACUUCUUUACUCAGGAUCUUUGAUGCUCUGAAGAAUUAGUAGUUUGUCAAUCUGCAUGCUUGUUGAAGAAAAGCCUUUUUAAAACAGCCAAAACCCCACAGCCCAGUAGUAUCAGUUUUAGUGGUAUAUCUGAGCUGUUACACUCGUGCUCCCUUAUUUCAUUAAAAUAUUUGAUUUUAUAUUAAUUAAACUUCAUAGUAAUUUCUUAAGA